AUGGCUAGUCCUACUGUUCUCACCUUUGAUGCUGAGGAUCGUGCUGUUGACUUCGAGGUGUGGGUAGACGACCUACAGCUGUUUCUCCAGUGCGACUCCAAGGACGGAGUCUCCCUGUUCGAUCACACGUCCGGUGUCUCUCCUGCACCUGCUGCCACUGCUGACAGUACGGUUCGCUCGCAGUGGACCACUCGUGACGCUGUUGCUCGUCUUGCUGUUCGUAGUCACCUGCCGUCUGCUGAGCGCGCGCACUUUGGCCAGUACAAGACUGCAAAGUCUUUGUAUGACGCUGUUGUCGCGCGCUACUCCUCCCCUGCCACUGCUGCUCUCAGCCGCCUCAUGCUGCCGUACCUGUUCCCUGAACUUGCUGCCUUUGCCACAGUCGCUGACCUCAUUACUCACCUCCGCAAUAGUGACACCCGCUACCGCGCUGCGCUUCCCACUGAGUUCUUCAGGGACCACUUUCUCUCCCUUUGCCCCACUGAGCUCACCGUCGACCUGCUUGAGGAGCGCCUUACUGCAGCAGAGAAGAGUAUUGUUGCUGUAGGAGCUUCUCGCCGCGACCCCCGCGCCCCUUUCUUUGAGGGGUGCUCCCCCGUCACCCUUCUCCCCUCUGUCGCUUCUGCUGCUGCUGUCGACCUCGUUGGCACUGAGGAGGUCGGGGCUGCGUCUGCUCCUAGUGGGAGGCGCCGCAACAGCAAGGGCAAGGGGGGCAGGGGUGGUGGAGGGGACGGAGGGGGUGGCGGUGGAGGCGGUGGAGGGGGCGGAGGGGGUGGUGGUGGCGGUGGGGGUGGUGGCGGGAGUGGGGGCGGCAGUGGAGGUGGUGGAGGCAGCGGCAGCGGCGGUGGAGGUGGAGGCGGUGGUGGUGCUGGCCGAAGAGGUACCGCACAGCGUGGAGGCUUUGGCGGUAGCCAGCGCCAGCAGCAGCCGCGUUCCCGUGAGACCCUUUCGCCCCUGCAGCUUCGUGAGUGGUACGCUGGGCGUGGGAGGGCUGGGGGUGUUGGUCCCUGCACUUACGUUCUUCGCACAGGCGGGCGCCGUGGAGAGACGUGCGGUGGGCAGCACACUUCGCAGCGCUGCUUCGGUCGCCUGACUGACGCCUGGCGUGCACAGUUUCCUGACGGCGCUGAGCUCCCCCGCUGGGGUGAUCUGCUGAAGCAGAAUGUUGCUAUCUUUGAUCUUGAUUUCGAUGCUAUCCUUGCUGCCAUGUAUGCUGUGAUUGAUAGUGCUGAGGGUGACUGUUACCUGUGUGUUCCGCCCGACCCGGGCAUUGAGGCUGCUGCUCUAGGUGCUUGUGAGUCUGCUGCUCCAGGUGCUAGUGAGUCUGCCGCUCCAGGUGCUAGUGAGUCUGCUGCUUCAGGUGGUGGUGAGUCUGCUCUCUCUGCUGACCUCCAGGACGUGUGGGUUGACCAGUUCACCCCGGGAGGUCAGCGUGUGACCCACUGUACUUGCUCUCGGACGGGCCGCCACCUGGCCACGUUCACCCGUCGGCCUGGGUCGAGCCUCUACACACUGACUACUGUGUCUCCUCCUGCCACUGCAUCUGGUCAGGUAGCCGCGUCUGGUCAGGUGUUUCCUGCUGCGUCCAGGUCUGAGUCCCUCCCUCCACUUCCUCCGGGGCCUGCCCCUACCUGUGUUCCUUGUGUUGAGGGCCGGCAGCGCGCCGCUCCUCACUCCUCUGAGUUUCCUCCGACAGAGGCUCCUCUGCAGACUCUCCACAUGGACGUGUGGGGCCCAGCCCGCGUCCGUGGACAGGGUCAGGAGCGUUACUUCCUGCUGGUCGUUGACGACUACUCGCGCUACACCACAGUCUUCCCCUUGCGUCGCAAGGGUGAGGUCACUGAGGUGUUGAUCGACUGGAUCCGCGCUGCUCGUCUCCAGCUCAGAGAGAGUUUCGGCUCGGACUUUCCUGUUCUGCGUCUGCACUCAGACAGAGGUGGAGAGUUUUCCUCCGACCUUCUGCGAGCUUUCUGUCGGGCGGAGGACAUCCGCCAGACGUUCACGCUUCCGGCCUCUCCACAGCAAAAUGGGAUUGCUGAGCGCCGCAUUGGCAUGGUCAUGGACGUCGCUCGUACGUCCAUGAUCCAUGCGGUUGCUCCCCAUUUUCUGUGGCCGUUCGCGGUUCAGUACGCGGCGCAUCAGAUCAACCUCCAGCCCCGGGUCUCCAUGCCGGAGACCACCCCCACUCUGCGGUGGACGGGGAAGGUUGGCGAUGCAUCUGCGUUCCGUGUCUGGGGAUCUCGAGCUUUCAUCCGCGACUUGUCUGCGGACAAGCUGUCCUCCCGUGCCGUUCCCUGCUUCUUCCUUGGCUUCCCCCUUGACGCGCCUGAUUGGCAGUUUUACCACCCCACCUCGCGCCGUGUUCUGUACGUCACGUUUGACGAGUCAGUUCCCUACUACCGUCUCUUCCCCUACCGCACUGCCCCCCUCCCCCCCCCGCCGCUCUUCCUCGCGCCAGGUACUCCCCCGGUAGACCCCCUCCCCCCCCAGGGUCCUGCCCCCUCCGGUGUGUCCCAGGUCGACGCAGUCGAGCCUGUCGAGGUAGCUGUUGACUCUGGUGCUGCUAGGGGGUGCUGA